AACGUUUAUUAUACUUGCUUUAGAGAAGCAAGUAGGUUUCUUUGAAGAAACGUUUAGCGAAUCGUCGUCACCGUGUUCAAGUUCGAGGCUUAAUUCAGAUUCCAAAUAUGAUCCAAUUUGUGCUGCUCAUUAGUCGCCAAGGGAAGGUGAGACUGACAAAAUGGUACUCGCCUUAUUCUCAGAAAGAAAGAAAUAAGGUAAUCCGUGAGCUCAGUGGAGUAAUUCUUUCCCGUGCUCCCAAGCUAUGUAAUUUUGUUGAAUGGAGAGGAUAUAAAGUUGUUUAUAAAAGGUAUGCUAGUCUCUUUUUCUGCAUGUGUAUUGAUGAAGAUGACAAUGAGUUAGAGGUCCUCGAAAUAAUUCAUCAUUUCGUGGAGAUUCUUGAUCGGUAUUUUGGCAGUGUAUGUGAACUGGACUUAAUAUUCAACUUUCACAAGGCCUACUAUAUACUGGAUGAAGUUCUAAUUGCUGGUGAGCUUCAAGAGUCCAGCAAGAAAACAGUUGCUCGGUUGGUAGCUGCACAGGAUUCAUUGGUGGAGACUGCAAAGGAGGAAGCCAGUACAAUAAGUAAUAUAAUUGCACAAGCCACUAAGUGAAGAGAACAAAUGCUACAAUUUCCUGCUAAUAUUGUUUGUCUUAUGUCCCAAUUCUUAUGGUUAUUAAGUUGAAUUUUUUAUCUUCUUUAUAUAAAUUGCCUUGCUUUGCCUUCAUAUAUCAUGCUUGUAUAUCCCUGAACUGUCUAUUACUUGUGGUGAUCCAUUUGCCUGAGGAUUAUUUUUACUUUGUAUGCUGCUCUGAGAUUGAAAUUCAAUAGUGUGCUUUUGUUAUUAUUAUUAUUUGUAAUACAUUGUUUACUAUAUGGAGUUUGUAAGAAUAAUAGAUGAUAUAAUAAUGUUAUCAUGUGA